AUGUCAAGUCCUAGGUCUUCUGCAAUUGAGCAGAACCAUAUUGACGACGAAAGUAACCAUGCGAGCUUUUCUCACUCCCUUGGAAAAAUACGUUUUCGUCAUGGCUCCAGUGCCCGUUACGAUUCCAAUUUCCAAAAUCAAGUAUGGGUGAAAUUACCUGGAAAAAUUGGUUCUGACGACUUUAUCGAUGAGUCACCCGAAUUAGACGAAAUAUAUACAGUGAUAGCAAGACGUGAAAGCACAUCUACAUCUGAUUUGACUGCCAAUUGGAGUGAAAUCACCCAGCCAAUUAUUUCCACAGGGUUAAUCGAGCGGCGGCCAUCUACCACCUCUCGUACUGAAGCUUUUAAAAAGUCUCUUUCGAGAGAUCAAGAAAGAUCCCCAGUGAAGAGGCGACGGGUAGAUGAUGACAAUUCGUCUGCUUCAAGCAAGCGUUCAACUGUCAGAUCCUACCCAAGAAGACCUGCAAAGACUGAUGGAUAUCUCACUGGAUCAAAUACUUCUGGUGAAAUGGUGCAUCAGCGGCUCGUCGACUAUGACUUAUCUACAAUCUUCCCUCGAGAACUGAAUGUCCAAAAUGAAGUUGUGGAUGACCUAUCUCAGUCAGAAAUACAGCAGGCUUGCCUUUUGAGAUAUUUUGCAGAUGAGCUAGCUGGUUGGUUUGACCUCUGUGACCCGGAGCGCCAUUUUGCUUUAGUAGUUCCACAAAGGGCGAAACAUUGUCCCGCACUUCUCAAUGCUAUAUACACAGCAUCUGCGAGAUACCUUAGCCGGCUUGAACGGUAUAGGAAUAAUGGCAUGGUUGAAUAUAACGGAAAUUCGCUACCCAACUUACAUAUGGAGACUGCUGCUGAAUAUCACAGCAAGUGUACAGAGCAUCUUGUAUCUGUAUCAGAUAAUCUUGAUGUCUUGUAUGACGAAAAUCUACUGGUCGCUUCUGUGAUAUUGAGAUUCUAUGAAGAAAUCGAUGCACCCUUGGGCGGGGGAGACGGGGCACCAAAAGGAACUCAAGUAUUUCUCACAGCUCAAGCAUCAGGAGGUCUUGACAGUAGCCUUCGUAGAGCUGCUUUUCGUGUCGCAUACAGACAAGAAGUUCACAUGGCUUUUCUUAGACAGAGACCUUUUCAUAUGCCUCUACAGUAUCACGAAUAUCGAUCCCUCGAAUAUGCGGACGAUUUUACAUGGGCUUAUCGAACAAUUGUCCAUUGUGCUGAUGUAUUACAAUACUGCUACGGCCUUGGGAGUAAAUCCAAUGGCGACUAUGACAUGUUAGUUCAGUAUCACGAAGGUUGGGAAAGCUUACGUCCACAAUCCUUCGAUGCUUUAUACGAUAGAGCUGCUGCUGUGAAUUCAAGGCGGGCACUACCUGAGAUAUGGUAUUUAUCUGAUUGCCAUGUCACUGCACAUCAACACAUGGAUAUCUCUCGAAUUCUACUCACAACUUACGAUCCGCGAAUACCUAGGUUGGGACCAGGCCUCAGAGCAGUCAAACAAGACAUCGAAGCACAGAUAAACACGAUCGUUAAACGUCUUUGUGGCGUAGCAAUAUCGAAUCAUAAGUCUCCAUCCGCGAUGAACAUAGCCUAUAUGGCUAUCUCUAUGUGCGGCGAACAGUUUACACACAUCGAAGACCGAGGGUGCAUCCUUGAGGUAUUGAAAUACACUGAGCAACAACAUGCAUUGCCAACAACACAUAUUCGUAAUAGGUUGAUAGAAGCUUGGGAAUGCUCAGGUGACGUGCUAGUGAACCAUGGUCAAGAGGCUAUAGAAGGCUACAUGGAUAUUAUUGAUGAGUGA